AUGCAGGGCAAGCUGCUCCAUCCCCCAGAACAGAAGAUCCGUGUCCUGAAGAGCCUGCGCUCUCAAGCGAUAAAAGCGUUCUUGGUCCGCCCUGUUGCCAGCCAUUGCCCAGCCAUGGCCCUCCGAGCUUUCUUGGUGCUCCUGAGCUUCGCGGGUGCUGUUGGGGAGGACGUGGCCGGCGCUUUGGCGUCGGAUGACACGUGCGCUGCCGGGCAAGACUGCAGCCUCGAGCUCCACCAGCUGCGUGGCAUGAAGGUCAACUACCUGGAGGCUUUGGAGGAUGCCUCUGACGAUGAGGAAGAUGAGGAGGAAGCCGUGUACGUAGAAGAGGAGGCCGAGGUGGAGGGCGGCGGAUGCACCAAUCCCAAAGACAUGAAGGUGUGGAAGAAAGGUGGAAAGAAGACCUUCGAUGCGUCCCUGAACCACUGUGGCCGCUCCUGCGCCGCCGGCUUCCCAUGCACCAAGGACCGCCAGCCGUAUUCAGAUGGUGUUCAGUUUCUGCAGCUGCCGGAUUGCAUGCAGAAGAAGGGCUACUCGAGCAACUGCGCGUCCUGCAUGGCCCAGUUGGUGGGCUGCUCGAGGGACCACUGCAUGAAUCAGUGCAUCACCAACGACAAGUCUCCCGCCUGCACGCACUGCGUCAAGUCCAGCUGCCGCCCCAAGAUGAAGCCAGCCAUGGCCCUCCGAGCUUUCUUGGUGCUCCUGAGCUUCGCGGGUGCUGUUGGGGAGGACGUGGCCGGCGCUUUGGCGUCGGAUGACACGUGCGCUGCCGGGCAAGACUGCAGCCUCGAGCUCCACCAGCUGCGUGGCAUGAAGGUCAACUACCUGGAGGCUUUGGAGGAUGCCUCUGACGAUGAGGAAGAUGAGGAGGAAGCCGUGUACGUAGAAGAGGAGGCCGAGGUGGAGGGCGGCGGAUGCACCAAUCCCAAAGACAUGAAGGUGUGGAAGAAAGGUGGAAAGAAGACCUUCGAUGCGUCCCUGAACCACUGUGGCCGCUCCUGCGCCGCCGGCUUCCCAUGCACCAAGGAUUGCAUGCAGAAGAAGGGCUACUCGAGCAACUGCGCGUCCUGCAUGGCCCAGUUGGUGGGCUGCUCGAGGGACCACUGCAUGAAUCAGUGCAUCACCAACGACAAGUCUCCCGCCUGCACGCACUGCGUCAAGUCCAGCUGCCGCCCCAAGAUGAAGGCUUGCAGUGGGCUCAACGCCGGCGGUCACUGA